AUGCCAUCUUCAACAUCCUCCCACCCUGACCAGAGGGGCGUCGAACCUCAUCCCGCGCCACCCAGAAACGUUAACGGGGAUGCAGACUAUGAACCCCACCCCGAGAAGUCCAUCUCGAUCUCACCAGCCCGGACAGAAAUACAGAAACAUAUACUUUCCCUUUACGACGGCAGCGCGUCAAAAGAUGACAUGGAUGUCUACGCCGAACAGGCGGUCUACGAUGACCCGUUCAGUUACUGCGACACGCGAUAUAAGAUAGCAGGCCAGUGGUACGGCAUCCCUAAGUUGUUUGCCAAGUCCGAAACGCUAGGCACAGAAGUCACGUCAUCAACGGAGGACGAACUUGUGUGGAAGCAGCGCAGAAAGUAUACUUUUGCUGGGAUCCAUGCUUCCAAGACUGCGGAUAGUUUAGUGAGUCUUAGGCUUGAGGGUCAAGGGCCGGGUGAAAGAGUAGUAUAUCACAAAGACAUGUGGAAUGGGAAAGAUUACUCUCACGAUGGGCUGGGUGCGCUGAUCAAAAAGCUGAAUGGGUAA